AUGAUGAACAGCAAUAUGGGCAUGGCAGUGGUUUGCAUGGUGAACUCGACUGAGUUUGUGGACGACAAUCAAACCACAAUUGAGGACGGGGCUGCACCUCGUCUCCGCUGGACAUCAGAUCAGGAAGGCUAUAUUUUCUCCGCCUUCAACGUCGGCCUGCUGCUAAUGCUUAUCACUGGCUUCAUAGCAGACAAGUUCAACGCCAAGUACAUGAUUGUCGCAAGUGUGAGUUUGGCCGUCAUAGCCAAUCUGAUGAUCGCGCAGUUCUCCAUUCUUUUGUUUCCCAUUUUCAGCGUCUAUUUCGCUAUAGCCGGCCGAUUUCUCGUCGGAUUUGCGGAUGCCCUUCUACAACCGGCGGUGAAUUCACUGAUAACUCGGUGGUUCCCAACUGCUGAGCGAAGUUAUGCUUUGGGACUGGCGACGGGUGGACGUCAACUUGGUAACGAGAUCUUGGCUUUUACUGCUGCACUGUUUCAAAUAAGACGGUCAAUUCAGGCACUUUGA